UCUAUGCCCGGCUGUCUCCAGUUGCGGCUGAUGCCCUCGAGCUUGCCAUAGCUGUCGCUCAUAUGCCCUAGGGCUUAUCGUCUCCUCAAGUGACAUGACCUCGAAUGUAGCUCGUGAAAUGGUACGAUUUGUAAACGGCAAAUGUAAGCUGCCUCGUUAGGCGGAAAAAUAGCUCGCCGGCGUUAUCCUUACAGGUAGGUUCUCAAGGUUCUACGAGUCGUCCGUAGAAUAACUCAGCACGUAGAAUACGCCUGUCCAGUUCUACCGACUGCCGCCUAAAGUGUAUGCUAACGCGGACCUUCCCGGUCUACCAACUCAUUUCCCCGGUGGUAACCAGAACCACCGCGGCGAAGCUAUAUGACUGAUCCGUCGCUUAUUUUCGCCCGGAACAUCUCACCAGAUAGAGGGGUAGUCGCGUCAGGGUCGGAGAGUAGAACGCAUUUUAUUUAUUCCAGACAUGACUCUCCGAACCGCUCCUUCUUUCACACAGGGAGCCAUGAACACGGCGGUAAAAUAGCUAAAACACCUCGUAAUCUUCCCCCAGCUAAAUCACCUCGUAAUUCUAGGUGCCGGAAGCUUCUUAAACGGGAUGUGUUGGAGAAGACUGGGACUGGGCUUUCCUCGAGCCUAGGUUCCCGGGAUAGGAGCAGCUCGAACGAGUCGAGAAAAGACACCAACACCUGCAGCGCACGUGGCAACUGCAGCGCACGUGGCAACUGCAGCGGCAACUACAGAAGUAUUAACUCAGAGUUCGUUAGCCGGCAAUGGCGGCAUCGGUUGGAUCCGUCGCUGCUGGUCGCAGUCCUUCUAUCGCUCCUCGUGCCCGUGUCCCAAAGCGCCUCAGCACCGAUGCCCUUUUCCCUUGGGCGCACGCGUCUCCGCUCCCUUGCGGAUAGAGCGCCGGUAGCGGAUAUUUGCGCGGGCGCGUGCGGGAACCGCGAGUGGGAGGCGCUGAGCCCUUCCGCGACGAAGGGCAACUGCUCGUGCGUUCGGCCUCUGGAGCUGAAAAUCGAGUUCUCUAACGCGUCGGAUAUCGAGUCCCAUUUCCGGCCGUUUAUCCAGGCGCUAUCGCGCCAGCUAUCAUUGCAGGAGGACCAGAUCCAGCGACGGGCGUUGCAGCGAACGGAGGGAAGCAGCGCGGUAGUAACCCUGUUGUUACUGCCGCGCCAAAACGCCACCUUUUCUCCAAAUUUCGUGAACAGCACUCGCCAACGGCUGUCGCGGCGCCAAGUAACGCUCGACCCUGACGUGUUUAGUAACUACACGUUGAUUAGCCUGGUGCAGCUUACGCCGCCCCCCCCGCCCCCUCCCAGCCCCGCACCCCCUCCGUCUCCCCCUCAGCCGCCUCAAACCCCCGCCCCCUCACCACCGUCGGAUCGGCCCAGCUCAGAAGGCUCAGAUGACAGAUCCAACGGUGGAGGGAGCAGCACAAACACCAGCAACAAUAGCAAUGGUAGCAGUGGCAGCGGCGGCAGCAGCAGCAGCAGCAGCAGCAGCAGUGAUAGUGGCAAUAGUGGCAGUGACAGUGUAAGCAGUGGGAGCAGCGGUAGCAGCAGCGGGAUCAGCACUGUAACACUGAUAGGGUUACUCGCAGGCGCGACUGUGCUUAUAGCGCUGAUCGUUAUAGUCACUCUCUACUGCUGCUGCUGCAUGCCAGGGAGGGGUAAUGGGGAGGAUAUGGAGAAAAGGGGCGAGGAGCAGGAGAAGGUUCGUCAGAUGGUGAAGGAAGCUUCCUCCGCCGCUGCUGCCGCCAAUGCUCCUGGAGGGAAAGGUGAUAGUGCCUUUAUCGGGUGUGAUAAUACUGAGAGUGACAGGAGAGAAGGGGGAAAAGGGGGAGGCGGAGGAGGGGGAGGGGGAGGAGGGGGAGGGGGUGUUUCUGUUGGGGAUGGUGCCGCUGGCGGUGGGGGUGGGGGUAAACAAGACGCGUCCUCGCUCCCUCGACCAAUGAGCGUCCGCGUCUUCUCCUUUGCUGAGCUGGCAGAGGCGACCAAUAACUUCGACCAUUCGCACUAUCUAGGGGAGGGCGGCUUCGGGCGCGUGUACCGUGGCCGACUAAAGAACGGCCUAGAGGUGGCCGUGAAGCGGCUCACUCGUCUGCACAUGUCGGGGAGCGGGCGAGCGAAGGGAGGCGGCGGGCAGGGCGAGCGGGAGUUUGUGGUGGAAGUGGAGAUGCUGAGCCGCCUGCACCACCGGCACCUCGUCAAGCUCAUCGGCUACUGCGCCUCGCACCACCACCAGCUGCUCUGCUAUGAGUUGGUCCCAAAUGGGAGCCUUGAAGCCUGGUUGCAUGGCUCGUUCGCCAAGGAGAUGGUUCUCGACUGGACGACCCGAAUGAAGAUAGCGCUGGGAGCAGCACGAGGGCUCUCGUACCUCCACGAGGACUCCCAGCCGCUCGUCAUUCACCGGGACCUCAAGUCGUCCAACAUCCUGCUGGAGAACAGCUUCCACGCUAAAGUGGCGGACUUUGGGCUGGCCAAGCCGGCUCCAGAGGGGCCGGAGGGGUACAUCUCCACUCGCGUCAUGGGGACCUUCGGUUAUGUGGCGCCAGAGUACGCAAUGACGGGCCAUCUAGUAGUGGCCAGCGACGUGUACAGCUAUGGGGUGGUGCUGCUGGAGCUGAUCACAGGGAGGAAGCCAGUGGACAUGAGCCAACCGCCUGGCGAUGAGAACCUCGUCACAUGGGCCCGACCGAGAUUGUCGAAUGCUGGGCGAUUUGACGAGCUGCUGGACCCCAGGAUUGCCUCGCAGGUAUCCCCUGGGGAUCUGGAGCAAGCGGCAGCGGUGGCGGAGGCAUGUGUGGCGGCUGAGCCGACUGAGCGACCUCCAAUGGGGGAAGUGGUGCAGCUGCUCAAGAGACUGGAGGCCCUGUACGACCAGGAGCACUCGACUCUGAGCACUGACAUCUCCCCCUACGGCUCCUUGCUCCUGUCAAACCAGCCUCUUCCCUAUGACACGUAUAACCUCCCCGACUGUAGCGCCGACCUUACAGUUGAUGUGGCAGCAGCUAACCAGGGGAGUGGUCGUGGUAACGAGGGAGGCAAUAACGAGGAUAAGGAGGAUGAGGAAGAAUCUGCAGCUGCUGCUGCUUCUGCUGCUGACCUAGCAGCAGCAUGUGACAAGGAAGCUAAGCAUGCUGACAGUGACAAUGGCAAUCCCCGUGUUGGAAAUAGCACUGAUGGUGAUCAAGGAAGGAUUUGUAUCAUGAUAGAAUAGAUGUGGUAGUGUGAAGGGAAUUACGUUAAGUAACCUAGUAGUAAAUGUGUUGAUCUUGUGUGAUGUGAUGGAUUGCUUAUUAAAGUCUGAGUACCAAA